AUGGAGGGCAUCCCUGCUAAACUUGUAGAGGACGAAGUCCAAAGUAUAAUGAACUUGGUGAAAAAUCAAGCUCAAUAUUUAUGUUGCUUCAAUAGUUAUGUUCAAGAAUAUGAGCAGGCAAAGGAAAGAUUGAAUGCAAAACUCAAAGAUGCAAGGAGAAGAAUUGAUCAAGCAAGAGGUGUUUCUCAUAUCACAUCUGUAGCCUUACAAUGGACACAUGAAGCUGAAGAACUCAUUGAUGUUGACACUAAGAAAGAGAAAUGUUUUAAUGACUUGUGUCUUAAUUGUUGGCAUCAAUAUCAAAAAGGCAAAGACUUGGAGAAGCGGACUCUAGAUAUUGACAAACUUCUAAAGAGACGUAACUCUGACAUAGUAGUAGGACCAAUUGAUCUUCCAAGUAUAAAAUACCAUUGCUUACCAAAUUUCAUGCAUUUUGAGAGUAGAAAUUCAACAUUUGAAGAACUUAAAACGGCGCUCAAAGAUAAAGAAAACAAUAUGAUUGGAUUGCAAGGCUUAGGGGGAACAGGCAAAACUUCAAUGGCAACAGAAGUGGGUGCUGAGUUGGAAGGAUCCACAUUUGAAAAAGUCAUCUUUCUUGUUGUCUCUAAGCUUUCAGAUUUCAACAAGCUUCGAGGUGAAAUUGCUAGGAAUUUGGGUUUGGACUUAAAGGAUGAAGCAGAUGAAGUACUCUCUGACAAAAUAUUGAUCAAAAUCAAAGCAUUAAAAGAAAAACUUCUUAUAGUACUAGAUGAUGUGUGGAUGGAUUUUGAUCCCACAAAGGAGUUGGGGAUUCCUCCUCAUCACCUGCACAAGGGUUGUACUGUAUUGAUAACCACUCGGAGCAAAGAGAUUUGUACAAAAAUGGGAUGCCAAAGACACGUUUGUCUAGAUAAAUUGACCCGCAAGGAAGCAUUGGCACUUUUCCUCAAGAAUACAAAUAGUUCCUCUAAUUUGCAGGGUUUGGCACAAAAAAUUGUGGAGCAUUGCCAUGGAGUACCAAUUGUAAUUGUAGCUGUAGCAAGAUCAUUAAAAGAUCGACCUUCUAUAGUUUGGAAGGAAGCCUUGAGGAACUUGCAAAGAGGUUUUGAGAUUCCUAUGGAGUUUUUAAUCAUAAUUGGUACAGCAAUGGGCUCUUUUCGGGAAGUUGAUGACUACAAUGAAAGAAGAAGAAAGGUAAUUGAUGCUAUAGUGGAACUCCUAGAGUCUUCUUUAUUAUUGAAUGCCGAGAGGGAAUGUGUAAAGAUGCAUGAUUUGGUUCAUGAAGUAGCCUUAUUGAUAGGAGAAAAGGAUGUUCAAUAUGUCAUUGAAUCUAAACCGCCUAAUGACGGCUUGCAAUGUUUAUUUUGGAAAAGCAAUUAUUUUCCAAGACAAUUUGAUGGUAGAAACCUUGAGGUUUUACUUUGGGUUCUAGAUAACUCAGAGGAUUUGGAAGUCCCUGAUACAUUCUUUACAGUGAUGAAAAAGCUCAAAGUUUGGUUUCUAUGGAGUGAAACUUACUAUCGAAUUUCAGCUCCACUGCUGCUUUCGUCAAUUCAGUCAUUGCAAAAUAUUCAAACUCUCAAGAUAGGAAAUUUUGAAUUAUGCAACAGCAUCUCUAUGUUGGGAAGGUUACCAAAUCUUGAGAGUCUAUGGUUCGAUGAUUGUUCAAUUAUUAAAUCACCUGGAGAAAAUUUUGAGCUAGAGAAGUUGAGAUUCUUAAGGAUAGAAAAUUGUAAAAUCAAUAUGAGUAAUCCUUUUGAACUGAUUGAAGCAUGCCCAAAGCUAGAGGAGUUGACUUUUUUGAGUAAUAAAUAUGAUGAGGAGAAAAAAGAAAAUACAAUUUCUCAUAAAGCAUCUUUUCACACAUUACAGAUAUAUCAAAUAUCUUGUGAUGGUCAGGAUGAAUUUUUAGAUUAUUUUGAGCAAUGUGAUUCCCUAUCAAGAUGCUUUAAGCCAGGUAAUUUAAGGCAUUUAAUCUCUGAGGCAACAUUUAAGCAACUUGUUAAAACAGCUGAGCUUCUCAUCUUAAAAGGUUAUGGAGAAACAAAACAGGAAAAUCUUGUCCCUGAUAUUGUUCUAGUAGACAACAGAGGCAUGACUGACUUGAUCAUUCUUCGAUUGGAUUCUUGGCCUGACAUGCAAUUUCUCAUUGAUGUUGCAAACAAUCGUCUUGAUGUGAAGAAUGCUUUUUCCAAUUUAGUUGGACUAUAUCUUUUUGAAAUGGGACUAAGCAAUGUAUUAUUUAAUGGCCACUAUGACCUGUGUCAUCUGAAGACCUUGAAGCUGAACGAGUGUCCAAAGCUGACGACAAUUUUCCUCCCAUCCACUGCUCAAAGUCUUUUGCAGUUAGAAGAGUUGAACAUUGAUGGAUGUGAUGCAUUGGAAUGCAUUGUAGAAGAUAAGAGUUCAAGAGGGGAAAUAGUUGGUGGUGAUGGUGACAAUGAUCAAAAGAGCUACGACACUCUGUUUCCAAAAUUUAAAAUUCUUGAAAUUGAUUGUUGUGACAAUUUAGAAAUAAUAUUGCCAAUCCUUCAUGGUGGAUGGCCUCUGGAAAGAAUAAUCAUAUCACGGUGCGAGAAGUUGAAAUAUAUAUUUGAUAAGUUCUCAAAGGUAAAUGUUAUGCUCCCUACCAUGGAAAGCAUGGACCUUUAUGAGCUACCAAGUUUGGUUGGUGUUUUCAAAGAGUAUGAAAAAUCCACCUCUUCACCACCACAACGGCCAGCACCCACGCCUCCAAGCACCAAGAUACGUUCUUUUUCUUGGGCUCAAGUAUGUUGUUUUAAAUCAAAGGCGACAAGUGAAGAGGCUGAUGUUGCUGUUUCUAAAGGGAGAUUGCUUGACGAAGGAAUCCCACAGGAAUUCGACGCAUUUGGAAGCAUUUAUCCAAGGUCCAUUGCCUUGGCAGGGUUCUCAGAGUUUACGAGACCUUUCAAUGAAUUUUUGAUUCGUUGGCAUGCAAAACAACAGGAAACAAAGGCAAUUGAGAUGCAGAGGCAAACUUUGAAAACCCUUGAAAUUGGAUCCUGUAAAAUAAAAGAAAUUGUUGAUUUGACACAUGUGGGCAAAGAAAAAAAGGGGGAUGGACUUGAACCACUGACAUCAAGCUUACAACGGUUGGUGUUGUAUUAUCUAAGUGAGUUGGUGAAUAUAUGUGUGGGGCCUAAGCAUAUCAUAUGCUUCCAUUGUCUUCAAGCGCUACGCAUUGAUGAAUGCGGAAAGCUCAAAGUUAUCUUUUCCACAUCUGUGGUGCGAAACCUACCAAUGUUGAAAGAACUACAUAUAUCAUUUUGUGAAGAAUUAGUUAACAUUGUUGAAGAAGAUAAUGGAACAAAUGAUGAUGAUGAAAGAGAAGGGAAGAUGAAAGAGAAGGUCAUGAAGGAUGUGCUUCCACAACUAAGUCAAUUGAUACUACAGUAUCUUCCCAAACUUGUUAGUAUCUGCCAUGGGAUUGAUUUUCAAACUUUGAAAGAAAAUCAUAACACGAGAGUGAUUGGUUGUCCCAACUUUUCUUUUUAUGCAAGCUCUGAAACAACAUAUUCUCAAGGUGAAGAAAAAGCAGAGGAGAAGCUUUCAUCUCAUUUGAGUACCGAACAAUCUUUAAAUACGGGAGAAGCAACACAACAACCCCUCACGAAGGACGAGCCAGCCAACAAAGACAUGAAAAGAGAAACAAUCAUGAUGGAGUCACAGUUAAAAAAAGAAAUGACAAGACAUGAUAUACAAUCUCACGAGGAAGAGUGGCUUGAUAACUACCCAGGGUCAUCAAAGUGA